AAAUAUGUCAAUGGGAUUACUGAAUUAAUGACAUUAAAUACCUUGAGAUAUUCCUCUGUAAUAAAAUCUGAAAAAACAUAAUGAACCCCAUCCAAGAAUAACUAUUUUCUAACAACAAUAUAAUAUUUAUAUUCCAUCACACAGCCUAAUUUGAGUAAAACGACGUCACAUUUGUCUUCUUCCCAACCCAACUGCUACUGUGCUUUUCUUUUUUUAUCUUCAUUCAGCGAUUUAGCGAUAGGGACUCUUUUCUCACAUUCAUUUUUGGCGUGUUUCCCUUCAGCAUAUAUUAGAACCGUAUCAAAGGGUAUCAAAAUUCUAUAUAUAUAUAUAAAGCACACUCAACAAACACCCAAAUUAGAGUUAAACUGAAAAAAAAAAUGGAUACACUUCUGAAUCUUCAAGCUUUGCCUAUGGGUGCCGCCAUUGGAGGCCCUGUUGCUCUUGGUGGUAUUUCUCUGUUCUUCAUCAGGCAAUAUGUUAAGGAUCAAAAGAAGAAAUCUUCCCCCUUUCCUCCUCCUCCAGAAGUACCAGGUUUACCAGUGAUUGGAAACUUGCUGCAAUUGAAAGAGAAGAAACCCCACAAAACCUUCACCAAAUGGGCUGAAGAAUAUGGUCCCAUUUAUUCCAUUAAAACUGGCUCCAGUAAUAUGGUUGUCCUCAAUACUAAUGAUGUUGCCAAAGAGGCAAUGGUGACGAAGUACUCGUCUAUGUCGACACGGAAGCUGUCGAACGCUUUGAAGAUACUCACUUCCGAUAAGAGUAUGGUUGCUAUGAGUGAUUACAACGAGUUUUACAAGACGGCGAAAAGAAAUUUACUUACGAGUACUCUUGGAACUAAUGCUCAGAAACGCCACCGCGUUCAUAGGGAUACCAUGAUGAAUAACAUAUGCGAACAAUUUCACGCCCACGCGAAAACGUUUCCUUCCGAAGCUGUCAACUUUCGGAAAAUAUUCCAGUCCGAACUUUUCGGAUUAUCUCUCAAACAAGCUAUCGGAGAGGACUUGGGGUCCGUUUACGUGGAGGAGUUCGGCACUACUUUGUCGAGGCAAGAAAUAUUCAAGAUUUUAGUACUUGACCCGAUGGAAGGUGCUAUUGAAGUCGAUUGGAGAGAUUUUUUCCCAUAUCUAAAAUGGAUACCUAACAAAACAUUCGAAAAAAGAAUCGAGCAAAUGCAUUUCCGUAGGCAAGCUGUGAUGAAAGCUAUUAUCGAGCAGCAGAAAAAACGUGUCGCCUCUGGCGUGGAACUCAAUUGCUAUUUCGACUAUUUGAUGUCCGAAGCAAAAACAUUGUCGGAGCAACAACUACUUAUGCUUAUGUGGGAAGCCAUUAUCGAAGCGUCGGAUACCGUAUUAGUCACCUCGGAAUGGGCUGUUUACGAACUUUCCAAAGACCAAGAAAAACAGAACCGUUUGUUGCAGGAAAUUCAAAAUGCAUGCGGAUUCGAAAAACUCACUGAGGAGAAACUGUGCAAGCUUCCGUACUUGGCUGCCGUUUUUCACGAGACGCUAAGAAAGCACAGCCCGGUUCCAAUAGUUCCCCUCCGAUACGUGCACGAAGAUGCACAAUUAGGAGGUUAUAAUAUCCCACAAGGCACCGAGAUAGCGAUAAAUAUAUACGGGUGCAAUAUGGACAAGAACAUGUGGGAUAGUCCGGAAGAAUGGAAGCCCGAGAGGUUUUUGGGUAGAAAAGACGAGACGAUGGAGUUGCACAAGACAAUGGCGUUUGGCGGUGGAAAGAGAGUGUGUGCGGGCGCUCUACAAGCAAUGUUGAUUUCGUGUGUUGCGAUUGGUCGAUUGGUGCAGGAGUUCGAGUGGAGAUUGAAAGACGGUGAAGAAGCGAACGUCGAUACUUUGGGCCUAACUACUCAUAAGCUUCAUCCUUUGCUAACCAACAUAAAGCCUAGAAACCGAACGGAGUGAAUUUAAGGAUAUUAGUUACCGUAAUAAAACAUUUCGUCGUCGGUUCUUGAUUUGUUAGUGAAGAUCGAGAAAUAUCUCGGUCUAAUAUGCACUUUUUUCUGAGCCAUCUUUUUUUUCCGAGUAGUAUGAUAAAAUUUAUGAGGAUUAUAUAGUAAGAAUAUGUAUUGAAAGGUUUAUUUCCAUUUUGUUUUUGGACUUCAUUAGUCAUGGUAUAUCACAUUUACCUAC